AUGAGACUGCGGUCGAACCACGUUCUUCCGCCAAUCUCGGACUACGUCCCACGCCGCCGGCGCACGACGCGGAGUGCGUCGGCAGCUGGGACGGAGGAUCCCGAGACCGCGCCCGAGGUGGCGCAAGAGACCGUGUCCGAGACACAGUCCGCUGCAGAGAGGCCCGCUCCAAAGAGGAAGCCAGCCAAGAGAGGCGGCCGCAAGAAGAAGGCCACGGCAAAGGGCAAGAAGGCCGCCGCCCCCGCUGGGGAGCUUGAGGACGCCGAAGCCCAAGCCGAGUCCCAGGAAGACUCCGUUGCGCUCAUCCCGUCGGUAGAGCAACCUGACACCCGUACGUUGCCCCCAAAGCCCCCCCGGGCACCCCCGGCCCCCCCGCGCAUGUUCAGAGGACGAAUUAUUACGGCCUUCAAAUACGGCAGUGCCAGCGAACUCCUGAAACAGGAGCCUGAGCCAACUCCCUCCCCUCCACAGACCCCCGUGACGCACUAUGCCUGGCCGCCUGGAAGAGCCUAUGACAAGCUUCGUCGAAUCCCCUGGUCACUCCCCUGGUCCCCACCAUCUCCCUGGAGGGGCUGGCCACGCAGAAUCCCUGUCAUUAACACCCCGGAUGAAACCCCGCUGACCCCCACAAAAGAGCCCAGCAGGAAACGAAACCGAUUGUCCGAAGACGAGCCCUCGCCGUCCAAACGUCACAAGUUGACCCUUCAAACUCCCCCCGGCUUUGAAACCCGUCCUCGUGGCAGCUCUCGCAGAACUUAUGCGGAUCGCGCGCGGCGACGCGAAGCGGAAAGGGAUGGACGAAUCGAUCGCACUAUUUACCGUUUCCCUCAGCUCUUGGCUCAGCAGGGAGAAGAUGCGAGAUCUGGCAGUUCGACUCCUCCGGCCUCUCAUGCAAACGAAGAGACCGCGCCCCAUGGUAAUCGCAUUGUUCCAUUCACUUCAUUGCCUUCUGCACUUCCACCUAAUCAAACUCAAAAUCAAAACCGACCUGGUUGGCGACAAUGGAUCUUCAACUCCGUGACUGGUCUUUGGGGACGAGGCAACGUGCCCCCCCAGACCGCAGAGGUCCCGCAAGUGGCUGAACCUCAAAAUCCAAUGGGAAAUGAAUCUUCUUCUGUCACCACACCCUCCUCAGCCCCCCAUCCGUCCUCCUCCUUUAGGGCGCCCAGAAAUUUCGAAUCUCCCACUCCGCGCCCACGCGUUGCAGGGCCAAACUCGCGUCUGACAGCCAGCGCACGCGCUCCACGAGUUGAAAGAAAUAAAUAUUCCUACGAUCUGUUCCCACGGGGUUUCGACCCAGAACUGCUCGCGCGCAUGCGUGCCGGGAAGUCGGAUCCUGCGGACAUUGAGCCCGUAACUUCAGAAGAGCAAGUUCGUGCGAUCUACGAGAAAGAAUCGAAGAAGCGCAAGCGCGCGCCGUCACCCGAUGUCAUUCCACACCCUCCAGGAUGUAGUUACGGUUUUGACCCAGAUUACUUUAUCUACGAUGAGGACGAUGAGGACUUGCCCACAGGCGAGCAGGGACCCCAAGAUCCUGCGACCAAACAAGCUACUGUCAGUGAUGCACCGGAAGAGGAGCAUGUCUCCAAGCGUGCACGACAAGAUACUACGGCCAAACAAGCCACAGUCAAUGACGCACCGGAAGAGGAGCAUGUCUCCAAGCGUGUGCCCCAAGAUACUACGACCAAGCGAGCUGCACCCAGCGAUGAACCGAAAGAGGAACAUGUUUCCAAGCGUGUUCGCUCUGACACUACCCACCUCGAAAGCUUCAACGACCAGGGCGCAUCACAGCCCAUCGAAAGUUCCGGCGACGAACUCCGCAAGGCCCGUCAGCAGGCAGAGCAGUACAAGCCGAAGACCCCCAGUCGUCUUCGAGCGGCCCAUCGUUUCUCGAGCAGCUGUAACUCGUUCAUUGACGAGGACGUCCUCCGUCGCCGCAAGAUGAGAAAAACCUCACUGGCUACAGCAUGCCCUACCGGCGAUCUGAGCCAGAUCAUCUGGCCGGAGACUGAAUCUUGGGUUGAGUGCUUUGACUGGCACGACCCUAACCUUGACAAGUACCGGAAGCACGCAUACCCCACUUCCCGGCGAUUCCCCACCGCGGAGUCCUAUAUUGAUCACCACCAUGGGGUUUUCAUGGAUCGGCUUGCUGCUCGGCGUGCUGCCAAGUAA